UAAAACAAGAAACAUAGCAAACUGAAGCAAGAAAAUUUGGAAAGGAAGCCUAGCUGUAGUACCUUUAAUAGACAUGCUGCGUGCCGUCUAAUUCGAAGCCUGAAAGGAAGGGUCUUUUGGUCCUUUGCAUCGUGUGGAUCCACUGAAAGGAAGGCGUUUUCACAGUCAUGUGAGGUUGAAAGGACUCUCUGGCUGCCUCUCAUGCAAACUCUACUGCAUUGCAAUCCCGUUUUGUGAUGUGGACUCACCCACCCUCCACCUCGCAGAGUCCCACGGCUGAUUGCGAUUAAAAAUAUACCUUCCAGAAAACCUCUUUUUUUUUAAAAAAAUAAAGGGCAUGUCAAGCAGAUUCUUCAAUGGGUCAGGAUCUUCUCUAUGUGCUGCCUUGAUUCCGUUUCUCUUCGCAGCCAUGAAGCAGAGUAGACGAUUAUUCUGCGAAAUGAAAUGAAUAUUUCAGUAAAGAAAUAAACAUGAAAUGAACAGAAUGUGUGGUGACUAAAUAAACAGAACAGGUACUCUACCAACAGCAUCAAUAGCAAUACAGGAAAGGCAUACUAACACUAUACGACGGGAGAGCAAAAUACGUAGAUUGAAUCAUGUAAUAUUUCUACACGCAGGGAGAGAACUUUUCAGGUAGUAACAUGAUGAGCACAAAAGAGGGAAGUGGAUAUGUUGGUCUAGUUUAGGCAAAAUGACAAACUGUGAUUUGAACAGCAAGAGGCUUUUGGCGUGGCAUUCAUCCCCUGCAUCUGUAUAUUACUUGCAAGUUAUACCAUUUACUCACGGUUAAAACAAGGUCUAACUUGACUUAUACUGUUUAUACACGCAUCACGUCUUCAAGAACACUUCGUGGGGGGUUUUUUUUCCUCCUUUUUAAACAUUCUUUUUAUCUUUCACUUUGUGAGAACUAUAGCGUUACACGUACAGUAGAGUGGCUGCUUUCUAACAUUCGUUAGGGAACAGCAACUGACCAUACUGACAUGUCGCAGCUUACAAAAAUCUCACUUCCUUGCUUCCUUCCCCACCUUAUAAUAAAGCCUACCCGUUCAUCACACACUCACUUAAUUUUGCUUUGUCCCUCCCUCCAUCUCUUCCCAUCUCUCUCUCUUCUCUCUAACUGAAAGCAAAGAGAGAGAUCCCACCAUUACGAGCAAGCAACAACAGAAACCAAUACUAGCCAAAAACAAAUAAAAAGAUGGAUGCAGCAGAGAAAUCCCAUGGGUACCCGACAAUGCCAGAGGUGGCAGAGGAACUGAAAAGAAUGACCGAUAUAGGUUUCCCCAUAGCAGCCAUGAGCUUGCUGAGCUAUCUCAAGAACAUGGUCUUAGUUGUGUGCAUGGGAAGGCUUGGAAGUCUCGAGCUAGCUGGUGGUGCCUUGGCUAUCGGCUUCACCAACAUCACAGGCUACUCAGUCCUCUCAGGCUUGGCUACAGGGAUGGAGCCACUAUGCAGCCAGGCGUUUGGUUCCAGGAACUCAUCAGUCGCGUUUCUCACUCUACAGAGGACAAUUCUUAUGCUGCUUUUCGCCUCGAUACCUAUUGGUUUGCUAUGGAUCAACCUUCAACCUUUAAUGCUCACCCUCCAGCAAGAUCCUGAUGUAAUCCAAGUUGCAAGCUUGUAUUGCCAAUUCUCCAUCCCGGAUCUUGUUGCUAAUAGCCUCCUACAUCCUAUACGUAUCUAUCUACGCAGCAAAGGAACUACAUGGCCAUUGAUGUGGUGCACGUUAAUCUCCAUUCUCCUACACUUCCCUAUCGCCAUAGUCCUAGCUUUCACGCUGCAACUCGGGGUAGCCGGACUGGCAAUCUCCACCUUCAUUACCAACUUCAACGCUAUAUUGUUGCUGCUAUGCUACAUGUAUUUUACUAGUCAACCCAAUGAGUUUUCUCCACUCGAGCAGGACCAGCUUUUGGUUCAUCCACCACCUAAAGCAUCACUUACUUCUUCAUUAGGCAAUGAGUGGAAGAUUCUACUUAGGCUCGCCAUCCCGAGUUGCAUAGCAGUUUGUUUGGAGUGGUGGUGGUAUGAGCUCAUGACGAUCCUAGCUGGCUACUUAAGUAAACCCCGAGUUGCUCUUGCAACCUCCGCUAUAGUAAUACAGACAACUUCUCUUAUGUACACUCUGCCUACUUCACUGAGUGCUUCGGCUUCUACCCGGGUGGGGAAUGAGCUCGGAGCAGGCAGGCCAGACAGAGCAAGGUUAGCUGCUGUAGUAGCUAUAGGAGUUGCUCUAUUGAGUUCGUUAUUUGGCUUGCUGGGAACCACACUUGGGAGAGAAGCGUGGGGGAGGGUGUUUACAGAGGACAAAGAGGUCCUAGAAUUGACCAUGAUUGUACUGCCUAUAAUUGGGGUAUGCGAGCUAGGUAACUGUCCACAAACAACAAGUUGUGGGAUCUUAAGGGGAAGUGCUAGGCCUGGCAUUGGGGCAGGGAUCAACUUCUACUCGUUUUACUUGGUGGGUGCACCGGUGGCCGUUGUCUUGGCCUUCGUUUGGAAACUUGGGUUUGUGGGUCUUUGCUAUGGUCUUCUAGCGGCUCAAGUUGCAUGUGCGGUCUCAAUUUUGGCAGUAGUAUACAAGACAGAUUGGGAAAGAGAGGCAAUGAAGGCCAAAGACAUGGUGGGCAAGAGUGAUAACACACUGGCACAUGAAGAACAAACAUUUCUUAAAUGUGAAGAAGGUGUUGGCUUCCUUAUUAAAGCAGCCGAGUCUGAAAAGUGAGGGAUGACCAUAUUUUGUCGCAAAGAAAACAGAGGAAUACGACAUUGAGCUAUAUUUUCAUUCUGAUGGUGGAUUAUUGUAUUGCAAAUGAAUCCAGUUCUUCAUCAUUUCUGCAAUUUUAGUCCAUCCUUUUAUGAUUCUCCUAAUACUACUGUUAAUCACAAUCCACACAAUGCAGGAACUAUCUAUCUCAAACACCACGUUGAUAAGAGUUACCGAAAGUAAGAAUGCAUAAACAAUUAACAAGUGAUCUGAGACAGGAUUGACAUGCCACUAAUUAUUCCAGAACACAAACAACAUUACAGGAUCAUUCAUGGACCAGAACAUGUUUGUGAGAAAAGAACAUGCAGGCAUAAGUGCAAACCGAACCACAUGGCAUCAAAUGCCUAACAACAAUUUUUUUAUGAACACAAUCUAGCUUCACUAAAAUUUAGCAUACAUGUGCAAGUUUACAAACGGCUAAUUUGGCAUCCCCAGUAUAUUUUGCUGGAAUAAGAAGAGAUAUAAAACAAGGCAAAAGAACAUGUGCCCUGCACAUGCAAAUGACAUUUCACUAUCCUUAUCAGAAUCAGUACUGCUACGAAUAUCACUGUCCAAGUCUCUAACUGCUGCAUUGAAAGAUGAAAGAACUCUUUAAGAUUACUCUUUGAGCAAUCAUAUUUCCUCACGUUAUUCAUUUGGGCUUCUUUCCCUCAUAAGGUACCGCCACUGCCCUAAUGAAACCUAAUCAGUCGACUCACUUGACAACACAGAUAGUUCUACCAAACUUCAUUUAAGAGUUUCUGUCCUUCACUAUGUCCUGAUUUAUUAACAAAAUGGCCUAUAGAAGCUCCAAUUCUGAGAAAAUAUUCUAUUUGACUGAUUAAACCAGAACCCGCCUAGUAAAACGUUGUUGAGCUAGACCUGAAGGGAGUAUCCCCUCCAUUUGGCAACCAGUACUCCCAACUUCUGAAGUAUGUUGAAGUCUGUUCCACCCUAUAUCAACAUUGGUCAUGGUGAAGGACAGAUUUGGUUCACUCAUGAAUACCCCCACGUUCACAUAUCAUGAAGAUACCAACAAACAUCGGCCAACCCAUAUGGGAAAGGUCGAUGAUCACCCCCCUCCACCCCCAGUCAAUUUGUUUGCCCCAAACCCAAACAGCACGUUUUGUUUCCUAUUCUAACCAACCCACAAUUCUGGCUCGUCGAGGUUCUCUAUUUUGCCUAUAAGGUGAGUGUUUCACAUGUUCUUUGGCUCAAUCUCAUCUAGACGUCACUACUCCUCCCCACUAGAAGCCACUAUAGUCAGAUCUUUCAUCCAAGAAAGAGAAGUACACGAGUAAAUCUAGUCCAAGGAAAAUAGCUCAUAAAGUCUCAUUCAGACAUUUCGUCGAAUAGUUGGAAGUUUUAGCUUGUGCUGCUCGUAACCAGAGACAAAAAGGUAGAUAUCGGACGAAACAUAGUCACACUGCUAAUCGAUAGUCCAAAAACAGAGGAGCUGAGACUUUUUGACAAAUCCAAUCAACAGUCGGUUCAUUCAUGUUCAUACAGCGGAACGGGAAACAGCAAGCAAACUAAACUACCAAAGGAUCGAUCAGCCACAAAACGGAAGUAGCAGUAAAGUAAAGCGUUUACACUACUGACCUGAUUCUGGCGCUCUGCACCGCUUUGAUAGGCGUCGCGAUCAGUGAGAAUCGACGGCGGCGACGGUGUACGAACAGGUCAAAGACUGCGAUUCUAGCCGAUGUUCAUUCCGAACGCGUGAUCGGUGACGCAUCUUAUUCUCUCGACAUCGAAGCAAUCCGCCGAAAUCAAAAGAGAUCAUCGUCUACUUCUAGGAGCCGAGUGGACGGAGUUCGUUGGCUUGUUAUGGCCUCCUCGCGCCAACGGCGAAAUGUGAAGCGGCGGAGAGAAAGCUCAACGCGGGAAGUUUCGGGCAUUAGCCCGACGUCAAAUAUUGCGUUUCAGUUUGACUUUUGAUGGGGUCAGUCUUUUGUGCAAAUCAAAAACUGUUGGUCAAUACUCAACCUCCAAAUUCCAAUCCACCAAUCAACGAAUUUGUCCAAAAUUCUUUCUUUUUUCUUCUUCUUCGUAAAAUCACUUACAAGACAAGUUUACAAGUAUAUGUUAAAAAAAAAGUUUACAAAGUAUUACUGUAACAUCCCGAACCUUUUCCCGACAAGAAACUGUCCGUUUUGAGCCUCUACACCCGCACGGUUUUCGACUUGGGGUGCAAUUUAGGUGACUUUCCAUAAGGUCACCCAUUCUUGUUGUACUCCACACCAAUGGCGGAUCCAGAACACAGAAGAGCAUUGGGCCGCAUUUCAUUAAAAAAUUAGAACCGUAAUAAAGCAUUAUAAUUUUUUUUACAAUAUAAAUUAUACACGACGGUAUUUUAAUUUCGCGAAUGCAUCAAUAAUAGAGUCCACAUCCAUACCAAUAGUAUACAUUGUUUUAAAUAAAAUACUUUAGCAAUCGGCUAGAAAUUCAUCGUUCAUUUUGUUACGAAAUCAGUUUUCAUAUGUUUCAUUGUUGACAAGGUUUUCCUUGUAGUAGUUGUUGAUACGAGCAGCGUCAACACUAGAUAAAUCAAUUGUGCAUUGUGUGUCCAUACCUAUAUCCACUAACUGCUUUAGUAAAUUUUCAAGGGAACA